AUAUUUAUUAUUAUUAAUGGCAUUUGAUAAGACUGUUGUUACAAAAAUUACAACUCUUGGAGUUGCUGGAAUUACACUAGCUGUAGCUAUUUGGGGUUUUUUUGAAGAGAUUACCUUAAAUAACAUAAUGAUUUGUAUCAAUCUAAUGUAUAAUAUUGAUGGAAUUUAGAAUCAUAUCAAUGGUUUUAUUACCUUCUGAAUUUUAAGUAGCAUGGAUAAAAGAUGGAUUUGGAUUAAUAGACAAUUUAUUUGGUAGAGGGAUUUAUAUUUUCUUGUAAUAUUUCAUACUUAUUAAAGCAUUGGAUCUUGGGUCUUUGGUUUACACAGUAGAUAUUCUGGAGCUGGAAUAUCAACUUAUGCUUUUAUAGUGGGGAUUAUAGAUUUAUGUGUUGGUGUCCUUUAUGUAAUAUUUUAUUUUGCAGUACAAACUUAUUCUAUAUUCAAUAGUUUGGUGACUCAGCAUAACCUAAGUGA